AUGGGACAGUCUCUAACUACCCCCUUAAGCCUCACUCUACAGCACUGGAAGGAUACCGGAGACAUCGCUCAUAACCACUCUGUAGAGAUCCGGAAGAGAAAGUGGGACACCUUCUGCUCCUCAGAAUGGCCGACAUUUAAUGUCGGCUGGCCAGGAGAUGGCACCUUUAACCUAGACAUUAUUUUGCAGGUUAAGGCGAAAGUCAUGGAUUCAGGGCCGCACGGCCACCCGGACCAGAUACCCUACAUUGUUACUUGGGAAGCCCUGGCCUGGGAACCACCCUCAUGGGUCAAGCCGUUUGUCACUCCCAACCCCCCUGCUGUUCCCCCUGCAGUUCCCUCUGACCCUGCCCUACCUCCUCUGUUGGUCCCCACACCCUCUAAGUCUGCCCUCUACCCAGCUGUAACAAAGCAGGCCCAAGGACGUAAUCCGGGGGGCAAAAAGACGCCGACGACCCCGGUACUGCCAGCAGACGACGGCUCCUUGUUGGAUCUGCUGACUGAAGAACCUCCCCCCUAUAGGGACCCAGACCCCGACCAAGAGCCGGGAGAAGCCGCCGCGGCCGGACCUCAGGAGGAACCAGCUCCUUCCCCGGUGGCAGGGCGAUUGAGAGGGCGCCGAGAGGCCCCUCCAGAUUCCACAUCUCAGGCUCUCCCAUUACGAGCGGGGCCUAACGGCCAGCUCCAAUACUGGCCUUUUUCCGCUUCGGAUCUAUAUAACUGGAAAAAUAAUAAUCCCCCUUUCUCUAGGGACCCUUCUAGACUCACCGCUUUAAUCGAGUCCAUUUUAGUAACCCACCAGCCCACCUGGGACGAUUGUCAGCAGCUGUUACAGGCCCUCCUGACCACCGAGGAAAAGCAACGAGUCCUUUUGGAAGCCCGUAAGAACGUCCCGGGGGCUAACGGGCAGCCUACUCAGUUGCCAAAUGAGAUCAACGAUGCCUUCCCCUUGGAGCGACCUGAAUGGGACUUCGCCACGGAGGAUGGUAGGAAUCACUUACGUCUCUAUCGCCAGUUGCUGAUAGCGGGUCUCCAUGGGGCAGCAAAGCGCCCCACUAAUUUGGCUCAGGUUAAGUUAGUGACCCAAGGGUCAGAGGAGUCUCCCUCCGCCUUCCUCGAAUGACUAAAGGAAGCCUAUCGUGUGUACACCCCCUAUGAUCCGGAGGACCCUAACCAGGCUACCAAUAUGGCCAUGUCCUUCAUCUGGCAGUCUGCCCCGGAUAUCAGAAAAAAAUUAGAGAGGCUCGAAAACUUAAGGGAAAGUACGAUCCAGGAUUUGCUAAAGGAGGCAGAGCGGAUUUUCAACAAGAGAGAGACUCAAGAAGAGAGAGACGAAAGGAUAACCCUUAAUGUGGGGGGGCAACCCAUCACCUUCCUGGUGGACACCGGAGCCCAACAUUCGGUGCUCACAACCACACCGGGACCCCUGACUGACAAAUCGGCGUGGGUUCAAGGAGCCACCGGAGGGAAAAGAUACCGUUGGACAACUGAAAGAAGAGUACAACUCGCCACCGUGGAAGCCCUGGUCAAACAACCUCCGGGCCGAUGGCUUUCCAAUGCCCGCAUGACCCACUACCAGGCCCUACUACUGGACACUGAUCGAGUAUACUUUGGCCCUAUA